GUCUCUAUCAGUAAGACAGCGCCCCAGUUGGAGAGCGGGGACCGUCUGUAGUGCGCGCUGCUGCUCCGUCUCUGUUUGUAUACAGUGCGCUCUCUGAUCGGGACCUGCUCGCAUACCCUCUCUAUCGCAUCGUGCGGCACUGCAGUUUAACGCGGAGAGUCUAGUGCGCUAGCGCUACUGUAAUCACUUCCCAAAGGCACACAGCCUUGCGUGUAGCCCCCGUCUCUCAAGAAGGACUUACAGAAAUCAAUUUAGGGAAUACUUACUCACUUUCUGAAAGAAACCGUGGCUAACAGGAACUGAAGGACUUUUGGUCACCGUGGACAAGCAGACAAAAAAAAUAAAAUAAAAGAAAUCCCAAAUAACCAAGGGAUGGGACCGUUUUUUGUGAUCGUAUUGUGCAUAAGCGCCGCUGUCCCGCAGCUAGCAAAAGGGGAAGUGUGUGAGCCAAACCCAUGUGAGAACGGGGGUGCCUGCUUUACGGGGUUGGCUGACGAGCCGUUUUCAUGUGAGUGUCCCGCUGGCUUCACAGGUCCCAAGUGUUCUAGUGUUGUGGAGGUUGCUGCGGAUGGCGAGGAGCCUACUUCUGCAGGACCUUGCCACCCAAACCCGUGUCACAAUGGAGGAUUGUGUGAAAUAAGCGAGACUUACCGAGGUGACACCUUCAUUGGUUAUGUCUGCAAAUGUCCAGCUGGCUUCAAUGGAAUCCACUGCCAACACAAUGUUAAUGAAUGUGAAAACGAUCCCUGUAAAAAUGGAGGGAUUUGCACAGACAUGGUUGCCAACUACUCCUGUGAAUGCCCUGGAGAAUUCAUGGGAAGGAACUGUCAGUAUAAAUGCUCUGGUCCUCUUGGAAUGGAGGGCGGUAUCAUUUCCAACCAACAGAUCACUGCGUCCUCAACUCACCGAGCCCUGUUCGGUCUGCAGAAGUGGUACCCCUACUUCGCCAGGCUCAACAAGAAAGGACUGGUGAACGCUUGGACAGCUGCAGAGAACGACAAAUGGCCGUGGAUUCAGAUAAAUCUGCAGAGAAGAAUGAGAGUUACAGGACUGAUAACACAAGGAGCCAAAAGAAUUGGAAGCCCUGAGUAUGUGAAGUCAUACAAAGUAGCCUACAGCGAUGAUGGGAAGACGUGGAGAACCUACAAAGUUAAGGGUACAGAUGAAGACAUGAUAUUCCGUGGAAAUGUAGACAACAACACUCCUUCUGCCAACUCCUUCACUCCUCCAAUUGAAGCCCAGUUUGUGAGAAUUUACCCACAGGUGUGCAGGAGACAUUGCACUCUCCGCAUGGAGCUGCUGGGCUGUGAACUAACAGGUUGCUCUGAGCCACUUGGGAUGAAGUCAGGUCACAUCCAGGAUUAUCAGAUUACGGCAUCCAGCAUCUUUCGGACUCUCAACAUGGACAUGUUUACCUGGGAACCAGGCAAGGCCAGGCUUGACAAACAAGGCAAAGUGAAUGCCUGGACAGCUGGGCACAGUGAUCAGUCACAGUGGUUACAGGUGGAUUUGCUUCUUCCCACAAAAAUCACUGGCAUUAUCACCCAAGGUGCCAAAGAUUUUGGCCAUGUACAGUUUGUGGGCUCCUAUAAGUUGGCAUUCAGUAAUGAUGGGCUUCGAUGGACCAUAUAUCAGGAUGAAAAGCAAAGAAAAGACAAGGUCUUCCAAGGAAACUUUGACAACGACACGCACAGAAAGAACGUGAUAGAGCCUCCCAUCUAUGCCAGGUUUGUCCGGAUCCUUCCUUGGUCAUGGUAUGGCCGCAUUACUUUGCGAGUUGAGUUGCUGGGAUGUACAGAAGAGGAUUGAAUACUCCUGCGUACUGGAAUAUUCAGCUGCCUAGAAUAUUGCUCCAGUAUCUCACCAUAAACUGUGUGAAAUCUGUAAAAAUCUCCAAUGGGUUUUUCAAGAAUAAGUGUUUGGUUGUGGUAGGCAGGAUUUUAUGUUUUGUAAAAUGGUCUAAGCCUGCCCUUGUCAAAUGUAUGUCCUUUUUUCUUUUUUUUACUUGAGAUAGAUAAGUUGUCAUUUUUAUAUGGUAUGUAUUGUUUUACAUUGGGAAAAUAAUAUUCACACUGUGGUUAAAAUGAGUUCUAAGGAGAGCUGCAGUGUCACUUUUUUAACAAAGAAAUUAGAUCAUUGCAUUCCAUGCAUACUGUACAUGAACUUCAAUUUCUUGAUUUAAAAUUCUUUUUCAAGUAUACAACCCAGUAAACAUAAAUGUCAAGUACACAGUUUCGUUUCUAAAUGAUAAAAUGCAUAAUACUACAUCAUCAUUUCAGAAUCUUUACCAUUCACAUGCUCCUUAUAGUGACUUUUCUGAGCAAACAAAAGUUUUAUGUAUUAAUGCCUAACAAAGAUUAUUUUGUUUUUGUGUUAUUUAUAAUAUGUUUAAACACAUACAGUACAGAUGCAUUGCACAAAAGCUCUUACUACUAAACUUUUUUUGUGUUUUGCAUUUAAAGUUAUAUGCCAACAAUUAUAAACCUAAUAUGCACAAUUCUGUCUAAUUAGCAGAAAUAUUCAAUACAUUUUUUCAUGUUACAUCCAACUAUGCUUGUGUGAUCAGGCCUGGAUGCAUUUGCCAAAACAUAAAUGUUUAUUAAAAAAGUAAUACUGCAGCAUUAACACACUGAGGUACGUCUUGGAUGAUCAGGAUCAAGGAGUCCUUUCACAGUUGCAAUUUUGUGUUGUCUUUAAUUUAUUUGAAACAUUGGUUGAGUACUGUGGUUGACUUCAUAUUCUAUUGAAAGUGUGUCACAUUGAUAAGUUUUUCUUUUUACUUCUAUUGUAUGUUAAGUCCUGCUUUUAGAUCUCUAUGAAACAAUUUGAACAGCUCAGGAUAGAUGUCACGCGUUUUUAUUGUGUUUCUUUUUUUUUACCCACAAUUUUAAGAUAUGCCUAAGAGUAAACUCCUUCUUAAAAAUGUUAAAAAACACAGCCUAUGUGUUUGUUAAAAGUGACAAUGAAAGGAUACACAUAGUUAAAAGGUACAUGAUAUUGAAUGGCAUACAGUACAUAAUUUUUACAUCGCUUCAUAAAUAUUUAUGAGGUAUAACCAUCACGUUUUAUUUUUCUCAAAGGUUUUUUUUUUAAAUAAAGUUUUCUUUGCUUAAAGUGUAAGACAGAUAUGCAUUAUGUCACCUUCAUUCAAUGUUACAGUUCCGAUUAUGUCAUAGAAUUCCUGGGAUAAAAUGAGAGUGCACUUGAAGGAAAUGAACUGAAAAAUACGCAGCAAAUGUUGUACUAUACAGAGCUACACAUUAUAAUCUCUUAGUUUUGCUACAUGAUAAAAAGCCAGUAGACUGUUACUGUGUCUGUAACCGUAUUAACGGCACUCCUGGUGAAUUUAUAUGUUAAGUGGUCUCUGAAUAAGUUUUGAAGUUGUUCUAAAAAGAAAAAGUCAACCUUAUGUAUUAAUUACUGUAUACCCAGUUAAAUGUAAUUCUAGAAUCAUCUAGAAAUGUGUAUGGGCUUUCUUACAUAUGGAUGAAAUUUACAGACAUAAACAGUAACCUGUGUCCUCUUAGUAUGCCAGUCCAUUUUGUUGGGGAAAAAAUGCAGUUAUCUCUACAGUAUGAGUUUGUUACUGUUACACAUGCUCUCUUAUAGAUUAAAACAUUAGAAUUUCACAUAUUUGUGAGUUUCAGAUUUAAGAGUGGAAACUAUAAUAAACUUCUCUGUUAUUUGUCCAGUAGUCCAGUAAAUAACUGUACAUUUGCAUAUUAUUUCUCUUACACAAGCAGGAAAGAGAAAUUGCUCCUAAUGUCUCUGGUAUUUGGAGACAUUAAAGUAGCUCUGAUAAAAAAUAUGGUUUAGCUGGACACAUUUUUCAGAGGUUUGUAAAUGUUCAGUUUUUUACAACAUUUAAGUGCACAUCUAAAAAGUCCACCAAUCAAUUUUGACAAUGCACUUUUUUAUACUGUGAAAUUAUGAAAUGUUCUAUACUUCUAAAUGUAGGCUAUGUGACCAUAGAUACAAUAUGUUGUAAGUAAUGUGUAAUGGAUGUAUGGACUAUAAAGUAGAAAAGGCAAGCUUAAAAGAGAGCAAGCAAAGAGGUUAAUGGCACAUAAUUACACAUACUGUAUGAUAAGAGAAAUGUAAGGAAUAAGUUCUAAAGUCUCUUGAUUUAUAAUGGCUCAUUAGAAUUCAUUCAGAUCUGUUACUUUCUUUUUAGAGUUCAGGUCUCUAUGAAGUAGCAGAUGAGCAUCAGAGGACCAAAUGUUCUCCUUCUAACUUUUUAAAAACUCUUCUUCCAUGCACAUAAAUAAGCUUUUCAUUUUCAAUGUCAAAACAAAACAAGACAGUUGAAGCAUUAGAUACUGAUUAUGAAUUAAUUUAUUUAUUAUGAAAAUAGAGAAUUUAUCGGAUUCAUCUCAGUUUUAUAAUCUAGAUGGGAAUUUUCAUGUAUCACCAUUUUCUCCUUUCUGUGUAUAGUAAUUGUAGUUUACAUUAAAAGGUAACACUGUUCAGACAACUUUCUACUAUUUUUUAACUAGUUCAGUUAGCCAUGAUGUUGAGCUUAUGAAAUGGCUGAUAAGCACAAUAAUUUAUAAUAAUAAUCACAACAAUUGAUUUCAUUUGUAUUGAAGAUUUAAUUCCACAGGAUCCCAAAGUUCUUUGUAUAUUGGAAAGAAUCAAUUUCAUCCACCACUGAAAUGCAACAUCCACCUUGGUGAUGCAUACUGUAGUAAUCAUUAUGUGCCAGCAGCCCCACUAUAUAUUAUAAAAGAUCUGACAGUGAAGUGAGAAAUUAUUUCACCAAUUGAUCUGCAGUCCAAAUUUAUAUAUGCCAGUUUGAGCAAACAGAGUAGAAUUUAGCCAAAACAUCAGUGUUAAUAGUUAUGAACCAUAUUAAAGGAUCUUUAAAAAUCAAGCAUACAGACCUUGAUUUAAAAUCUCAUCUGAAGGAUAGGUCUAUUAGCACAGUAUCUUCUAUGUACAGUAUCACCAUCCUGGAGCACUGAUUUUGGCUCAGAUCUAUACAGUACGUCCACCAACAGCACUUAAAACGUAUAGUUUUGCAUAUCGUCUUUAAAGCUUCACUGUCUAGAAAGCAGUAAUGACAUACCAAAUGUUGGUGCCCACCAAACCUUUAUUUUGUUCCACAUUGGAAAUGUGUUGGGCUACAUAAAGUACAGGUAAUGGACAAGAAAAAUGAAACAUCUGGAUAAAUGAGGGGCACCAAAAUACACUAAAAUCAAGAAUGAAUGUAUGUAUGUAUGAAUUCAGUAAAUAACACUCCAGAACAUUUCUGGUCUAAGAUGAUGCCUGCAUGGAACAUCCAGGGAAAGACAUCAUCACCAGACGAUAAUAUUGAACAGACAUGCACACCCCAGGAUCUUGAUAUCUGGGGUGUGAAGUACAAUGCAAAGCAGAUGAGCAACUAUACAUUAAUUGACUCAUCAAUUUACAACUUUUAACCUUGGGCACAAAGCAGCCAGUUUAAUCAGAAAUGGUCCACAAACCACAGUCAGAUAGUGAAUCCAGUAGUGCAAAAAUAACAGGCAAUGAACUGAGCAGUGGAGAAAAGUAAGGUCAGAUGAAUCAUCCUUCACCAUGUUCUCUUCAUACGGAACAAUGGAUGUUUGUCAUCAGUUUAAAGGAUUCUGCCGUCCUCAAUGCUUGAUUCCAACAGUGAAGGGUUCUGGUGGCUGUGGGGCACAUUUUCCUGGCAUGUUUCAGAUUCACUCAUUUCCUUACAAGGCAAAGCCUACGCCAAAUCAGUACUUAACGGUGCUGAGUGAUUAUCUCCACCCCAUGUUGUAGCAUUUCUUUCCUGUUGAGGAUUGAGGAUCACAACGUUCCUGUUCACAGCUAACACGUGGUCCCUCCAUGGUUUGAUAAGCCGUAUGCCAUUGGUCACCAGAUGGUCACCAGAUCUGUAACCAGUUGACCAUUUAUGGGAUAUUGUGGAACAGGGCCCGAGACUGCGGUUUUUUGUACCCGCAGCAACCAGGCAUGAGUUCAUUGACUUUCACAGUGAAGAAUGAUGAUCUACCACCUGCAAAAUUCGAGACACUGGAAGAUACCAUGCCAUGGUGGCCCAAGUUACUGUACAUUGGUGUUUCCUUUUCAACUUCAACUGCCUGUAAUUUUUUUAAUGUAUUUGUGUCAUUGGUUUGUUUCUAGAUACAUUUCACCUAAGCAUGUUGCUGCAAUAACAGUUUUUAGUGUUGGGAGAGGGACAACAAAAAACUGCAGGUGGGAUGUCCCUUUAAGAUUUAAUCAAAAAAAGUUUUAAUGAGAGUAAAGAAGUAAGUGUAGGUUCUUAAUAACAAAAUCUAACUGAAAUAUUUUACUUUUUAUUCCCUUGUCAGUUCUUUCCAUCUUUAAAACCUGACCAUACGAAUGUUUUUAAUUUGUAUUUUCAUAUGUUUCCUGUUUUCUUUCUUUUUUAGCAUCAGAAAAACAGUACCAUAUUGUCAAAAUGAAAUGUUUUUAAUCGCAUAUUGUGCAUGUUUUCCUCAACAUGUGAUUUUCAGUUAAAAACUGUUUGAAAUAGCUCAGUCCAAAUUAUGACAAGACAUAUGUCAACCAGAAGAAAAACAAGAAUUCUGGUAGUUGAUCAAGUUUUGGAAACUUUGAAACAUUGAAAAUUGUUAAGUCUUAUUUUUUACUAUUUCCUGUAUUUACAUUCAAGAACAAUCAAUUAUAAUUUGUUAUACAAAAUUAGAAGAAAAUACAAACAUUUCACACCAUUUAAGAAUGAAUAAAAAAUGAAUCCUUCUGAUCUUAAAUAAAAGUAUUUGCCAAUAGGAGACUGUCAUUACAGCAUAUUUAACUUAAUGUAUAUACUGUAAUAGUAAAAAAGAAGGGUAGAUUUUAUUUUUUUCACUUUGAAGAUGACAUCCACAUUUACUGUACAUAGGCAUUUCCUAGACUUGAUUUCUGGAGUAAUUGUUGAAAAUGUAAUGCAGUCUGAUGUUCACCAAGUGCAUCAGUGCAUUACUGUUUAAUUAAACCUGAUACAUUUGGUUGACUGAUAAAACACAAACUUUCCCGAUUUAUCAAAUGGUGCUGCUGCUGUAAGUAUUGUGGUUAUUUUUAAGUAGCAGGAACAUCUAACAAAUUACAAUCAAAAACGAAAUUAGGUUAGGCUGGGCAAAUGUCUCUUCUGUGCUCACGUACUGUAUAUACUCUAUUACUCUGGGAGUUCAUAAAUCUAUAUUACCUGUUUACGAUUUUCUUCCUCAAUUUUCACUCAGCUAAAGGUGCAGGUAUCUGUACUGGGGUGAUCUCUGCAGACUGGUGGGGGGGGUAUGUUUUACAGCCAAUCAAUGCAUAAUUAAUACCCUAAUACCCAUCAAGUCUUUAAUAUUAGACUCAAUUCUCUUUUUUAAUUACUACUGUAUAUAUCACAAUUUUCUUUAAAAGGAUAAAGCUGAGUAAUAUGUAACAUUAAAAAAGGUAUUAUUGUAGCAAAACAUACAACAUUAAAUUACUAUAAUUUUUCUCCUGGUGCCUAAAAUUGUAAAGAUUAUGUUGAACAUCUCCUCUACAGAACAUAUAGAUGGGAUGGAACUGAAACCUUAUUUUUAUAAUGAUUUGUUUGUUUUUUUCAUUUGUUUUUGUUUAAUUGGGGGGGGGGAGAUAAAAAGCCAUCUCUGUGGCAUAGCAGAAGGAAAGACUGCCAACAGAUUUGUAAACAUGUCAACACUGUCUGUGCAACUUGGGCAGAGUCCAGCAGAAGACAACAAACAGGAAGACUAGCUCAGCUGGAGCCCAGCCACUGGAGCUAUUAACUCCUCAGUGACUGUCAGUUGUGAUUUUUGUUUUGGGUUUUAUUUAAUUGAAUAAGUACUUAAAAUGGAGGAGCUGCCAUGCAUGAACUUGACAGGCCCACUCAAGCCCUAUGGUGAAACAUUUUAGCUGUUUGUGGAAAGAUUAAAAUACCUAUUGUAGUACUGUAUGACUACAAACACCAAAUCACUUUAUAUUUUAUUCUAUUCAUAGAACUGGAGGGAAAAUUAACUUAAUGCAAUGUAAUAUUUUUUCUGUGUGGCCCUGCUCUGGAUUGUUAUUCUGACCAAGCUGAGGGCAGUCAUGUUGUCCCAGCCCUGUCUUGCCCCUUGUGCUUCUGAGAUAGGUAUCUAGGUCACUGCCUUGAUCCUCACCAAGAAAUGAGGCUUCUUUAGGAUGGGUAGGUGAUAAAACAUACUGCAUUCACUGUCUUUUCUGAAGGAUUUUUUUUUGUUCUAGGGAGAGGAACAUACUUGUUUGUUUUCAGCUUUAAAUCUUUACAUUUAUCAUGGAAUUUUAAUAAUUUUUCCACUCCUAAUUCUGAAAUUAAAUGUAAGGAUAUGUAUGUUCUAAUUGUCCACAGGUACAGGUACAUGUGUUUUUUUCCUCUUUAUUAACCCUAGAUAUCUACCUUAUUAUUCUUGAAAGGGCUUCUGAUUUAAACUAUAUGAACUAAUCUAUGGUUGACUUUUUCUUGCAGAUCAUUGCAUAAAUUUCAUAGCAAUUUUGAAAACAAAUUGUGGAUUCAAUCUUGUAAUAUUGAACUGUUGUCAAUAUGAUGUGGUGCUGGCUUAUGAAUUGUCAGUGAUUGCAAAAAAAGUAAUAUUAAUGAAAACAUUUAAAAAUCUUAUUUAUAGAAGGCAGAAUGACCACUGCAGCCUUUGCAAUUGUGUGAUAAUGAAUUGUUUUUUUUGUAUAUAAUCCAGCCCUGCAGGUUAAUGCAAAAGUUAGUAUGAGCUUGUCUGGUCUUCAAACUUAAAAUAAUAAAAUCAUGGAAAUAUCCUCAA